AUGCCCCGGGAUCUUACGACUCUCGACAACGUUUACGAGAACAACUUGGGUACUCUAAUGAAGCUAUCCAAUUCAGUUUUGCCUGUACAGUAUCCAGAAAGCUUCUUUCAAGAGCUGUUUCCCAAGGGUAAGAACGGGUCAAAGGACACUUUCUUUGCUCAAUUGGGUUACUACAGUGAGGUUGCCGUUGGUGGCAUAAAAGCUAAGCUUCUUACCAACAAGAAAGGUGAAGUCUUGCCCCAAGGUGUUUAUAUCGAGCUUCUUGUUGUAUUGGAACACUACAGAAAUAAGGGAAUUGGGACAAAGCUGCUGAAUUACGUUGAAUCUGAGUGUAAGAGACAUUUCCAGCACGAUAUAUUCGUCCAUGUAGCAUGCGAUAACGAAUCCGCUAUCGAAUGGUAUACGAAGCAUGGUUUCGUUAGGGAAGGCGACGUACUGAAGAACUACUAUAAGAAUACUGCAGGGUCACCAGAUUGCUUCAUCUUGAAGAAGCAUAUUUGA